AUGCUCCUCCCAGACUUGGGCAAGUGGGUGUUUAUAUACGUUCUAGACCGACUGAAGGUCUUUUCAAAUAUAAGCCCAGAUAAACUUAAAGUGUCAAUUUGGAAGACCUCUUCUUUGACUUUGGAAAAUGUCGACCUCGACACAGAAAGCCUCGCCAUCAAGGGUCUAAGGGUGCGAUCCGCAUCUUUACGGGCGGUUGAGAUGGAAUUGUCCACUUCAGGAAUUCGAAUCAAUGGCAAUGGGGCAGAUUUGGUUGUUAAAUUGGGGAAUUCGUAUACAGACCUCAGUGUUUCGACGUUUUUCGACCAAACGGCUGACAAUUUGGCGCGGUCUGUUGCUGAGCUCGCUGAGCCAAAUGAUAUUGCCGAUUUACAGGACUUCGAGAAUAUACCUACAGGAAGCGACGCAGAAACGGGGUAUGGAAUGGGGGAUACUACAGGAAUGGUUUCACGGCUUGCUAACGCCAUUCUUAAUCAAUUGAGCGUCAAUGUUUCCAACAUAAAAAUCAAGGUCCUGGUUGGGGAAGAGCCUGCAAUGACUGUCACCAUUGAUAGGCUUUAUAUUCCUCGUGGUGGUAAGAUAAGCUUGUCGGGUGUGGUAAUAGAGCAAUUGAAUGAUUCAGAACCAUCCAAAGAUACAUCUUCAGGCAGUGUGGCUCACGCUGGGCGGGGCACUUCUUCGCCGCACAAUUUAUCAGAUAAUACGUCGGAUUCCAGUCUAGAUGACAAUGAAUACGGAUCAAUGUCUCAAAGCAUGUUUUUUGAUUCGAACUCAACGUUCACAAUAGCACCCCCAGCCCAAGUUUUAACGACAAUCACCGAGACAGUGGAGUCACCUGAGCUUCUCAGAAUUGAGGAGAUAACUAUUGAACAUACGAUUCCAUUCGAUGCUGUUUCUAUCAAAAUCCCGGAUAUCUCUCUCGUUUUACUACCGGCGCUUGUGUCAAUGGUAAAGGUGAUCAACGAGUUUUACGACUCUGAAUACGAACAAGAUGAACAGAGUCAAGAACUCAAAUUUUCUUUGCAGAUUGACCGAAUCAACGUACUUCCUGAACCGACCUCUUUGCUUCAAGUUCGAUUAGAGGACCUGAAAGUAACAUCGGAUAAAAUUGUUCUGAAAAGUGUGAUCAUACCUGGAGUUCAUACAGAAAGCCCGUUUUUCGUGAUGGAGUGGGAACCUGUUAUUUCUCUUUGCUUGCCACAUGCGCUAUCGAUUGAUAUAGCAGUCGAAAGUUUACCGUGUAUAGCUCAUUUGUUUGAACGAAUGGGUGCAGCUCUUAUGAGCAUCAAAACUCCAGAAAAGCCGGGACCAACACCGUUCGAUCUAAAGAUGGCUGAAAUUAAGCUGGUAGUUGGUGAGCUAACGGUAAUGAUCUUCCCGGGAAACAUAUAUCAUGAGUCGUUAGCCCUUGAGGAAAUCAGUUUGACCAGUGCUUCAGGCAGUAGAAUCUUGGUCCAAAGUUUGGACCUAGUCUUCAACGAGCUUUCGACAACCAUUAACCGCAUACAGGCCGAAACAACAUCUGAUUUUUUGGUGGAUGUGCAGGCUAUUAUGGAUACCAUAACACAACGUUCAAUCUCGCCAACAAAUGAUUCACCACCGGACAUUUCUUUAUGGGUCAAGGAUGUGAAAAUUCAUCACAACUCGACGUUGUGGGAAAUUCCUGAAGGACUUGUUGCGAAGCAUGUUUCGGGUUCUUGGGGUAUAAGCGCCAAUGUUAGCUGUAAAAACGAACAGCUGAAUCUGUCGACCAAGUUCAGUGCACAAUCCGACAGAAAUUCAUGGGAGUUCAUGGCAGAAGAGUUAACUGGUCAUUUGUUUCCGGCGCAUUUCCAAACUGAUCUGAGCGAGAGGGAGAACGAGGAAACAGUUGCAGAGGCAGAAUCAACUUCUGUCGAUUACAGACUCAAAAUUGGUGGUGAAUUAACGGUUCACACACCUUACACAUGCACUAUUCUGUUUUCAGCAAAGGGUUCUGGAACCGAUCGAAGCCUUCGUCUCGGAACCUUGGCAAAGCUUUACUUGGUCGAUCCCCUUGAUACAUCGCGGAUACCUGUGGCUAGUUUCGAAAAUGCACAGUUCUCUAUUUUCUGGAACCCAUUGUCAGUUAAAGCUUUGAUCGAGCAAGUAUCAAUAGGAGCUUGUGCUGACUCGUUCGCCGCUUCUUCGGAAUGUUUGGAGUAUCUGGUUCCUCCUGCCAGUCCACCCAAAUAUAACUUUGACCUUAACGAGGACAUCAAUUUGCUCACUGAAAUUGACCUUGAAGCAUUUGGGCAGGCUAACACGACUACAUCAAGCCCCCUAAGCUCGACUUCUGAUGAAUUUCUUGAGCAGGAUCUCGAGAAACUCGUGAGUAGGAUGCAAUUGACUCAAACAGUGCCAAUGAAUGUAGAGCUGGUUGAGAAUUAUGUCGGUGGCCAAGACAAAACAACCACCACAGUGGCUUCUAAACUCCAUGAAAUUGUUAUCAGCUCGCUAUCAGUGAAGCUUUUUGAUGGAUUCGAUUUCAAAUCAACGCGAGAAGAGCUUAGAGAAGCGGUUGAGAGAGUGAAACAGGAAGCUGAGGCCAUUAUUGAUCCGGAACUGUCCGAAAAGUACAUUGGUGAUUUCAUGUACAAUUCUAUUUACAUUGGCACCAAGCCAGGUUUCAUGAAUGACUUGGAGGGGCAGGUGGACUCAGCGAUUGGCAACCAAGAACUUGGCCGUGGAGAAAAACCCAAAGUAACUAUUGCUGCGAAGCAGAUUUGCGUCUCCAUUUUUUCUCCGUGUGAAGAUCAUGGAGUGACGGUUUCCACGACAAAUUUGAGUAUCCAAGACCUAGUGGUUUGGGAUCAUGUGCCAACUUCGAAGUGGGAUACCCUCUUAUGUAUCGAUCAAAAACGACAGCGCGAACUACGGGUACCAUUCAUUGAACUCAACAUCGAGACGACCGUUACAGCUGCACCCGAGUUGCGACUGAAAGCUCGAGUGCAACCACUUCAAAUAAGCAUUGACCAAGACACACUGGACUUUCUUACAAGAUACUUCGAGUUCGAACUUUCAGCAGAGGAGCCUGGUUCUAGAGGCAAAAAGAAGCCCGACAGCCCCCCGUUCAUACAGAGGUUUGAGCUAUUUGAUCUACCAAUUGUUUUGUCCUAUCUACCGAAAAAGGUUGAUUAUGAAGGAAUUCGCAGUGGACACACACUGGAAUUCAUGAACUUGUUUGUGAUUGACGGGUCUUCAGCUGUUUUUAAGCACGUUGUGGUCUAUGGUCAGCCCGGCUAUGAACGGCUAGCGCAAACCCUGGUUGAAAACUGGUUGCCAGACAUCGCAAACACUCAAUUGGCAGACGUCUUGGGGGGGCUCAGUUUUGUGAGCCCUAUGAUCAAGAUUGGGCGCACUAUUAGGGAUAUGGUGAUUAUUCCUGUUCGCGGAUAUAGCAAAAACGGAUCUGCUCUGAUAGGCAUGCACAAAGGCGCAGCCCGGUUUGCCAAAAGCACGUCUCAGCAAGUCAGAAAGCAAAUAAGGAAAUGGCUUGAGAAAACCGAAUUGGAGGCCGCAUUGGAGGAAGAUGUAGUACCUGAACAGCCAUGA